GGCCCCUGGCCAUACUACUAGGAGCAGCAAGGACGCUACUAGGGGCUCCUGGCAUCGCUACUAGGAGCAAGGACGCCACGAACGGGGCUUCUCAGUUGAGGGCCCCGAGAGUGGCAGUCAACCACGAAACGGUGAAGACUCCGGUGGGCCGGUGGCAGACCGAGAAAGGAGCUGAAUGGCCGAGCAUGAAAACAUCUGAAAAUCAUACCCUUCGGUGCCGUGCCGUGCCCUCUGUGUCGCAGCGUGAAAGCAGAGGAACGGUAUUGAGUUCAUUGAGUUCGAGUCUGGCAGCGGUCACUGUUCUGUGUGUGUUUGGGGUCGUCACUAUGACAGGUUGCAUAUAACAGUAUAACUCCUUGAGCGUUCCGGGUGCAGUUUGCAGUUUUCCGUCAAGAACAUGCUGGCAUUAUGGAGUUCUUGCGACGCGCACAGGCCAGACAUAUCAAACAAAUACAGGAUCUCAUUUUGGAGGUGGUUUUGAUCAUGAUUUGGCUUGCCCUCAGUGAGGAUUUGAAGGCUUGGUUGGCAAAGUACUUGAGCAUUCCGCUUCGCGUUUGCGUGCCGUUGGAUUGGGACCACGUUUGGACUGAAGUCUUCAACGGAGAUCGUUGGGUUCCCUUGGACCAAAACUGUCUUCACUUUGCGCGACGCCUCCACGAAGGCAUCGGCGCUUGGACCCACGUGUUAGCGAUCGGCACCCCGGGCAGCGGUGAUGUGCUGGAGGCCACGGAAGAGGUGACUGAAGCUUACUUGCGUCAUGCAGAAGGCAGUGCAGAAGAGGCACGAUAGUUGGAACGGGGCAGAGAACCUUCAACGUUGGAAAGGACCGACAGAAACAAAGGUGCAUCAGGCUGGUCCUUGAUGUACGUCGGCGCCAACCCUGACAACUGUGAAGGGCUUGGAAUGGCAUUAUGUCAGAGAGCCCUGCGGCCAAGAUUUGGCUGGCAGUUGAUGCACCGCUGGCCGGGUGCGGGCGCUUGGCUGUAGCAUCCUUGGGGCCAACGCAUCGCCGGUCGCGAUGUAUGACAGCAAGGCAUAUGGGCUAACGCGCUUGCUGGGGAUGUGGUGGGCGCCCCUUGUGGGGGAGCAGCGGUUCACAAGUGAGUCGUUUCUCCGUGCGGUUGAAACCGCCCCGACCACCCUCGUUGUCCGUCCAGGACUUUCGUAGAACAG